AUGUCGAUGAAGAGUUUUGCAUUCGAGGAGGGGGACAUGUCACGUGUGUUGAUGCUCAUGUCGCACGGCCAGGCGGAGCAGGUGAUGCCUCUGCCGGUCGCCGCGCGCGGUGACCGCGCCCCGGAGAGGGUGUUCGUCUGCAAGACGUGCAACCGCUCGUUCCCGUCCUUUCAGGCGCUGGGCGGCCACCGCGCCAGCCACAAGAAGCCGCGGCUGGACGGGGACGGCGGCGACCUCUCACUAGGUAAGCCCAAGCUGCACGGCUGCUCCAUCUGCGGCCUCGAGUUCGCCAUCGGGCAGGCACUCGGCGGCCACAUGAGGCGCCACCGCGCCAUUACGGGCGGCAUGCCGCCGGCGACGAUCGUCGUCGACAAGAAGCCCGAAGACGUCAACGUCCACGACGACGGCCUCAAGCGCGGGAUGUGGCUGGACCUGAACCAGCCUCCGUGCGACGACAGCAGCGACACCGAGGCCGCGGAGUGCGGCCACAAUGCCACAAACGGGAUCACGUUCCACCAGUUCUUGGACACUGGCGCCAUGGCCAUGGACUGCCUCGGCUACUAG